CAAAAGUCCGGCCCGCAGGCUAGCAGCGCCCGGCCACAAGUCUCUGCUCACUCGGGGCACCGCAACAAGUGGCCGCCGCGCCCUCCCCGGGGAAGCCGCGGACGCACGGGGGCGCAGGGCGGAGGCAGAGGAGCGGGACAGCCUGGGGCUGGCGCGGCUUGGCUUGCACGGCUGGGGACCGCGGAGGCGCAUGGGGACCCCGCGGCGGAGGAGCGGCGAGCCUAGGGGCGGCACCCGCGCGCGGGCUGUGCGUCGCGCUGCUCCCACUCGCCCAGAGCGCGGAAUCUGAGAGCCCUGGUGGUUGCCCUGGAGCCGGCCGGCCACCCUAGGGGGUGCCAGGAGCGGACCUAGCGCCACCCCUCCCGUCGCCAAGCAGUGCAGACCCCUAAGCCCAGAUCGGCCCUCGGAAGGGGCAUGUGCAGCUAACGGUCCGGUCCUGCCUGCUUUCCUCUGCCCCGCCGCCUGGGAGGUGCGCCUCAGCUAUGCAGUGUCCAGGGAGGAGGCGGGCAUGACGGCGACAGGAUGGGCGCGAACAAUGGCAAACAGUACGGCAGUGAGGGCAAAGGCAGCUCAAGCGUCUCAUCCGACGUGAGUUCAAGCACAGAUCACACACCAACCAAAGCCCAGAAGAAUGUGGCCACCAGCGAAGAUUCUGACUUGAGCAUGCGCACACUGAGCACGCCCAGCCCAGCCUUGAUAUGUCCACCGACUUUGCCAGGAUUUCAGAAUGGAAGGGGCUCGUCCACAUCUUCUUCCUCCAUCACCGGGGAGACAGUGGCUAUGGUUCACCCCCCACCCCCGACCCGCCUCACUCACCCACUCAUUCGGCUUGCCUCCAGACCGCAGAAAGAGCAAGCCAGCAUAGACCGGCUCCCAGACCACUCCAUGGUGCAGAUCUUCUCCUUCCUGCCCACCAACCAGCUAUGCCGCUGCGCGCGUGUGUGCCGCCGCUGGUACAACCUGGCCUGGGACCCGCGCCUCUGGAGGACUAUCCGUCUCACUGGCGAGACCAUCAAUGUGGACCGUGCCCUGAAAGUGCUGACCCGCAGGCUUUGCCAGGACACCCCCAAUGUGUGUCUCAUGCUGGAGACUGUCAUUGUCAGUGGCUGCCGGCGGCUCACGGACCGAGGGCUUUAUACCAUUGCACAGUGCUGUCCAGAACUGAGGCGCCUGGAAGUCUCAGGAUGUUACAACAUUUCCAAUGAGGCCGUCUUUGAUGUGGUGUCACUCUGUCCCAACCUGGAACAUCUGGAUGUGUCAGGGUGCUCCAAAGUUACCUGCAUCAGCUUGACCCGGGAGGCCUCCAUUAAACUGUCCCCCUUGCAUGGCAAACAGAUUUCCAUCCGAUACCUUGAUAUGACGGACUGCUUCGUGCUGGAGGACGAAGGCUUGCACACCAUCGCAGCUCACUGCACACAGCUCACACACCUUUAUCUGCGCCGCUGCGUCCGCCUCACGGAUGAGGGUCUCCGCUACCUGGUGAUCUACUGCACUUCCAUCAAGGAACUGAGUGUCAGCGACUGCCGCUUUGUCAGUGACUUUGGCCUGCGGGAGAUUGCGAAACUGGAGUCCCGCUUGAGGUACCUCAGCAUCGCACACUGCGGCCGCAUCACGGAUGUGGGCAUUCGUUACGUGGCUAAAUACUGCAGCAAAUUACGCUACCUCAAUGCGAGGGGCUGCGAGGGCAUCACGGACCAGGGCGUGGAGUACCUUGCCAAGAACUGCACAAAACUUAAGUCUCUGGACAUUGGCAAAUGUCCCCUGGUCUCCGACACGGGCCUGGAAUCCCUGGCUUUGAACUGCUUCAAUCUCAAGAGGCUAAGCCUCAAGUCCUGUGAGAGCAUCACCGGCCAGGGUCUUCAGAUCGUGGCUGCCAACUGCUUUGACCUGCAGAUGUUAAAUGUCCAGGACUGUGAAGUUUCCGUGGAGGCCCUGCGGUUUGUGAAGCGCCAUUGUAAGCGCUGCGUCAUUGAGCAUACCAACCCUGCUUUCUUUUGAAGGGACAGCUCCCACUGCGCAUUGAGAACCAAACAGUGCUUUGUAAAAGUGUCCCAUGUAAGCACCCACCCCCAUUCACAGCAGCUAGUUUUCUUUCGGUAAGGUUUUUAGGAGUCUGGCUUUUAUUCCGUUUUUGUAUUAUCAUUAUUUCUCAUGAGCAAACCAGGUCAAAUAAUGAAGGGGGAACCCCAAAUUUCUACCAUGGUGAACUAUCUCUAAUCAGUUAAUUUUUAGAUGAAUGUCACAAAGAAUGCACCGGAAUGCACCUCAGCAGGCUGGUCACGGUGUCUCGGUAAUGCCCCUUACCCCCUUUUCCCUUUCCCCUUUCCCCUCCUGUACUCCUGUUUGAAGCCUGAAGCAGCUGCAACUUUAAGCAUUGAAGAAGGCUCUCUAAAGCUGCUCUUUAAACUACUUGAUAGGCACAAGCCCCACUCCUAAAUCCCACAUCAAGCCAAUCAUGGUUACAGUAGUAUUAACACUUCAUAUCAGUGUGCAAAGAGCCUUCCUCUGGUCAUACAUUAUGGCAAACCGUAUGGAGUCAGAGGCGACAUGUUUUCUCUACCAGCUCUGCCAGUAACUGACCUUGUGACCUUUGUCAAAACACCUCACCUUUCUGAGAUUUCCACCCCCCCCCCCCAGAGGCCAGAAUGCGGGGGAUUAACCUCAUGCUAGGUUUCAAAUUGAGAGGUGUUCUGCUCAAAGAUGCCACUGAGCAGAAGAGCUCUGUAUAAAGCACACACAGAUGGCGCUUGUGAGAGAACUGGACAUGUAAACGAGACGUGCUUUCAGGAGGGUCUGUGGGCUCACCGCAAGUCCACACUGGGUUUGGCUCUGGUCUCUGUUUGCUCUCAUCUGAGAACCAACACAGCCGCACGGUGGGCUAGGCUUCCGUGAAUGCUUCGCCGCGUUGGAUGCUCACACUUACAUUCACACGUGCUUCAGCACUCCCUUACCCACUACAUCCGACUCAGACAGGAGGGUGCCUCAUCACAGGACACCCCUGUCUCUGUCAGCUUGCUUCCUCCAAGCAUUUUUCAAACCCAGGGAAGAACCCUUAUAAUUUUUAAUUAACAAGUGAGGCCCGAGGGAGCCCAUGUCCUGUAAGGUUUUUCUAAACCUUCUCAUGCACAUAUGUUAAUGCUUCAGGCACAUCUGUCCUGCCGCCAGCAGGGACAGGCACCUUGGUCUUUUGUCAUCCACGUUUCAUUGUGACUUCUCUCUUCUAUUUAUUUCUCCAUCACACAAAGCCUCCUGGGGUUAAGUUUAUAAGUGUUUAAUUGUACAAAUGCCACCUCUCCCGCUGUCUGCGUGUUUUCUACUCACGAUAUAAAACAGACGUCCAGGUGUUUCAAUAUUGUUCAUUCAAGGUGCCAGGCACAGAGAAGAGACAACACACUGGCGAGGCAGAUGCUGGUUCACCCACCACGGUCUUGGAACAGAACAUUAAAAUCAUUUCUAAAUUUGGGUUUUAAGUUGAUGGGCUCUUAAAUGCUCCCUGCUGAAUAGAAACCAAUUUGUUAGUUUCUUCUUUCCUUCCUUCCUUCCUUCCUUCCUUCCUUCCUUCCUUCCUUCCUUCCUUCCAUUCUUUCUUUCUUUCUUUUUCUUUCUUUCUUUCUUUCUUUCUUUCUUUCUUUCUUUCUUCCUUCCUUUCUUUCUUUCUAAGGAAUCAGCCAAAAAAAUGUUUUUUUUUCAUGAAUUUCAGUUGUCUCUUUUUGGUAGACCCAGGACUUCUCCCAAAGUAUUCUCUGGCCUUCCCCAUCACUGUGGACAGUUCACCCAUCUUCUCCUCAAAGUGUUUAUCCCCCCAAGCCGAGCCUUUGCUUCUGCAAGCGAGGCGUGCUCCAUUUGUUAGAGACCAAGCUUAUACACUGCGUGACAACUGCACUCCCACUGUAGGCUCCGGUGUGUACUCUUGUCUUGUGUUGGGAAGAAGUUAAGAGAUAAGCCAGCAAUUCUUCAGGAGGUUUCUGUCAUUGAUCCUGUGAACUCCAGGUUCCUGCUCAGUUCACACCAUCACCAGGACAGGUGGCUGAUCUCGGGUGUCAGAAAAUAAAGUAAAAUGUUUGGGCUGGGGACAGGAUCUAGGGACAGCCACUUUAGAAUCAUAAAAGAAAUUGAAGGUAGCACCCUUCUGCUCUCUGUGGCUUUACCUAAACCUUGUGAUUUGGAGAGUCACAAUGGGUUGUCUGUAACCCUUGAUACUGGGACUUGCCAAAUGAUCUGGUUCAAUACUCGCAGAAUGAUCAGGGCAUCCAAAGUGGAUCCCUGAGCCAUUUUGAAUUAUUUUAUCACCACUGAUACAUCAUCUGAAUGGUCUGUCAUGUGAGACCCAAGGGAUGUUUCACACUUGCUGCCUAUCCAGCACACAAGUUUUUCCCUUCCCCAUCUUCUUCAUGUUCUCUCCUCUCUGCUGGGGUGGAGGUAUGGAUCUGUGACAGAGAUUCUUGGGAACAGCUCAGCAGAUUUUGGGCACCAAUCAAAUGGUCUCAUUAAGAAAGAACUUUAUCUAUUUGGAUAAGUAUGGCUUCCUUCCUGGCUCUGCUAAACUAAGUGCUCAUUUGUUGUUUGUUUUGUUCGUUCCUUUUAAUUCUAAUGUUCAAAUCAUGUCGUGCUGUGUGACUCUAGAAAGCCAUAAUUUACUUCCACCAAGAAAUAAAGCAAUAUGUCAGUAAUCAGACUUGGGUCCAUUUGUUAAUAAUAUUACUGAGGAAGGUGCUGUUCAGUCUGGGGCACUGAAAAGCAAACAAGAUAUAAAUCAAUACAUCUUGUUGCAGACAGGACACACACCUCACUGCUGCCAUUGCCCCUUUAAAGUUGGAUCAAGGUUCUAUUGUCUCCAUGGACCUUAUAAUGUUGCCUUUGAAAUGGCAGGUAAAUGAAUAAAAUAUCCCGGGUUGACCCGGGACUUCAGCUCCUCGUCCAGACUCUUCCCCCAGAUUGUGGGAUUCAUAGCCUUGCAUUUUAAGAGAUGUUACAUUGGAUAGAUAUUGUAAUGCCAUAGAGAAUCUGGGUCAGUACCCUUAAUUAAAUAUAUUAGCAUUCUGUACCAGUAGAAUCAGCUCAGUGCAAGUAAAAUUAUUAAAGAUGAUA